AUGCAAGGCCGUGACGGCAGGUCGAAAGGUCACGGAAUAGUACUUUUCGCCACGGUAGGGGAUGCACAGAAAGCCAUUGCUGCAUUUGACGGACAUGAAUGGUAUGGUCGACGACUUGAAGUUCGCGAAGAUCGGAGUGCAAUGGAUUAUCCUCCCCCUCCACCGCGUACAGAAAGUGCAAAUGCAAACAGUCAAAACGAUGUGUCUUUAUAUGAGGACAACGACGUGAGUACUACUCCCAAUGGCCUGUCUGCUGCGUCAACUGAGAUUAACAACGGGGCAUCAUCAUCGUCUCAGCCUUCAUCCCCCAUUGAAUAUGUCUCUGUAAAUGAUAACAUCAAUAUCAAUGGGACAAAUGUCAACGCUAAUAUCAAUGGCACUAUUACUGGAAAUUCCAGUAAUCAAGAUGAUCCUGCCGUUACUAAUGGGACGACGACGGCAGUGAGCUCGACAACGUCUUCCCCGAUUACUAACGUUAGCAAUGCUAACGGGCUGAAGGAUGUAGGAUCCAUCGUACAGAGACAACUUUUUGUUGGAAACUUGCCAUUCCGUGUAAGAUGGCAAGAUCUUAAAGACUUGUUUCGUAAAGCUGGCAACGUGAUACGCGCCGAUGUUGCCAUGGGAUACGAUAAUCGAUCCAAAGGUCAUGGGACUGUCUUGUUUGCAACAGUAGACGAUGCAAAAUCGGCAAUAGCCAUGUUCCAUAGUUAUAACUGGCAAGGACGCGUUCUGGAAGUCAGAGAAGACCGUGGAUACGUAGAACAAAGUGCUAAAAACGUAAAUAACGGGCCUAAUCAAUAUGAUAUGAACAGACACAUGACCGAGUCGCUUAUUACUCAUCCGGCCGGUCAUUAUGCACAUGGGGCACCUAUGCUAGCACCCGGGGCAAUGUACUAUCCUCAUCGCAAUAUACAAGCUCCACCGACCAAUAACUACGCUGGACGUUUUCUGUUUGUUGGAAAUCUCCCGUUCAACUGCCAAUGGCAAGAUUUGAAAGAUCUCUUCCGUGCGGCAGGCAACAUAAUUAGAGCUGACGUUUCCACCAAUUACGAUGGAAGAAGUCGUGGAUUUGGAACAGUCCUAUUUGCUACUCCAGAGGAUGCACAGAAUGCUGUCGGAAUGUUUAAUGGUUACGAAUACAAUGGCAGAGCAUUACGUGUCCACUUCGACAAAUAUACCCUCCCUCAGAUGCAUCCGCAUAAUCCACCCCAUCCGCAUAUGGCGCCACCUGCAGUCCAUCCUCAUCAUAGACAUCAUCCACAUCCACCAAUGAUGGCGCCUCAUAACUUCCACUUGGGUCACCCUCCACCAAUGCAUCAUCCUCACUUCAUGGCUCCCACGAUGGGUCCAUUCUCGCCACCGUUGGCGAAUCCAUCGUUAACUAGUCCACCCUAUCCGACAACGUACAAUCCGCUUGCGCACUUGGGCACACCAAAUUCAGCCAACAACAACGCUACCUCGUUCCAACAAAUUGGCGUAGUGGCCAACAGUCACGCCACAACCUCGCAGUCAACAGCCGCAACACAAAUUAACCAAGAUCAAACGCUACAGGCCGUUCAAUCAACGCAAUUUCCAUCUUUUGGUCCGAUCGGAAAGAACUCGGCCGGUCAAUCGAACACGGUAUCGGCGACGCUCGCCGCAGUUGGCUCUUUCUCGUCUUUGGUAUCACCGGGAACAAAUGGGUUGGCAUUAUCAGGUGUAAAUGGAACGGACACGGCUUAUGGAACUGAUGCUAUCCCCAGUCUGGCAUCAUCAAUGGCUGGAACCAUUGGAAGUGGUCUAGGCAGCAUGAAUUCAACAACAACGUCGAAUACAACGUAUGCCCAUCAUUCCAGCAAUCCUUCAGUCUCGUCAACGACCAGCACGUCAAGCACCUUGUCCAGCGUGGGAGUCCAUUCAUCCGCGUCGUCGACUACCGCGGUUGAACCAUCUACCUCGCCGACCAAAGCAUCUCUCCUAUCAUCUUCAGCCUCUACACCCACCUCGACUACUGUUCAACCAGAUCCGUUGUGGGACGCUGCUACAGGAAUGCUCACAUCAUCGGGUGGCGGCAAUGGAAGCAAUAACGCGAGUACAGCGGUUGCAAACGUUAUGAUGAGUGCAUUGACUGGGAUGACUACUGGAUUGGAAAAAGCCACGGCUGGUGGUGCUGCAGUUGUGCCACAGCCAAUGGCUAUUCCUGCUGGCGCUGCCAGAGAAGUAUUUGGGAGAAGCAUGUGA